AUGGCAGCAAUGCGAGGACCGCGACUUCAAGUUGGUUCGGCGGCGUGGGUCGCUGAGGAGCGCGCGUCUGCACUCCAAAUCGUGGACUCAGAGGUUGAAGAGUUCACCUACUCCGCUCGGAACGAGCUAGACUGGCUCAACGAGCAUAUGGCUGGUAUCUUUAAUGAAAAUGAGACGAACAUCGCCGAGACCUUCAAAACCCCGGGCAAGCUUCGCGGAAAGACGCCACGUACGGCGCGUAAGGCGCAACCUGGCGAGCCCAGAGUGCCUCUCUCCAACGUUUUCGGCGCGACACCGACCAGCACAGCAAAUCGUUUCGCACAACAACUCAGUAAAAUCCAGUCUCCUCGACUACAACCGGCCUCACCCAGCCCUGUGAAGACUGGCUCUCCACGACGCGACGUGUUCUCACCAAAGCCGACACAAGCCCAGCCAGCAACUCAGGAUUCAGGUUAUUAUGGAAGCCAGGACGUUGGCUCGAUGGAUGUUGACCUCAUUGAUGAGGAUGAUGUCUCACACGUUGACCAUGUCGUGCUUCAUGGACCAACCACGGUUCCCGUCAAGCAGAGCCCGGCGCGACCAACCGCGCCAGAAUCCCCUGACAAGACUUUCCGAACUGCCAAAGAAGAUCAGACAACACGCGUCACAACUGAGCACAACACGGCCGUUGUCACAUCUCCUACUGAGUUUGAGAAACCUCUUGAACAUGACGAUGUUGUGACUUCACCUCUCGCGUCGCGUUACGUUUCUACAAAUCCUUCUUCGCCUGCCAAAACCCAGCCUGGAACGGAGACGAUCGAUGAGGUUGACGAAACUCAACCAGACGAGGACUCCCCUGGGGAUGCUCGGUCCCCCUCUGACGGAUCUAGCCCCAUUCGACCUGUUGUCCGAAAGAGCAGCCUAAAUUUCGCGUCGUUGCCCGCGAGAGAGCCUCUGACGGCCGGAAAGAGUGCUGGUGCACGCGUGUCUCGAACUAGUCAUCUCGAUCAUAACAGGACGAGCUACUACAACAGGCACACUGGAGGCAAGAGCCUUGGGAACUACGCCAAACAAGACUCAUCGGAUGAUGACGAUCAGGAUGACGAAAUGGACGUGGAUGACUUUCCUUCCGUCCCCGUCCAGGAAUCUCAAGAACCUGAAGAUCUUGCAAUGCAUCACAACAAAACAUACACCCAGAGACUACAAGACCAGAUUAAUAUGCUUGGCAAAUCACAACCGAACGGUGGCAGGCCCUCAAAAUCGCUUCACAGUCUUAUUUCUCUUCAACAACCUACGACAGCUGCCCCUCAGCCAAUGCAAGAACCGAAGUCUCCGUCCCCGAAGAAGCAAGAGACUACAACGACUCCUGGAGCCUUCCCUGAAGACGACGACGACGAUUGGAUUGACCCACCUGCCGUUGAACCUGUUCUACCUGAAAUGGCUGACGUGCGGCCGACCCUCUUUAAAAGCCACACUACCGAUGUGAUGGAGGGGAUCCAUGGCAAGGACAUUGCUGUAGGCCCCGCAGUCACGCAGGCGGAUUUGCACGAGGCAACUCAGUCUCCUCUCCAUCGAGGGUUGACCAUGCCUCAACGGCCUAGUUUCCUAGGACAUGCUAAAUCUGCAUCUGUUUCGGCUAUCCCAACUACUGCCUCGUCUGACCACCAGGAUGGAAGUCCACUGAAGAAGACUGUCUCCGUCUCGAAUCCAUCUUUGGCCAUGGAAACUGUCUCAGAAAAAACUCGCUCUCAGACGCCCUCGAAGUCACCAUCUCGAAGCUUCCGCGAUAGCCCUCUAAAACAAGUCAAAAACAAGCUGUCGUCCAUUUUGAAGAGCUCUAAGGGUCUUCUUGCAAGCAGCGCUGCGAUAAGUGCCGAGGGAAAGUCAUCAAUGUUGUCUCCAUCCACAACCCGUCUUGGGAUCUAUCCUGCUCCAUCAACAGAGUCUGUCGUUCCGAAGCCAAGCCACGAAUCACUGCGAAUGGAACUGGAGAGCCCGUCUCGCCGAGACGGGAGCCCAGCUCGUCCUGCUCCCAGGCGCACUAGGGCUUCGGUAGAGCGCGAGAAGGAGGAGAAGCGUCGCGAGAGGGAGGCGAUGCACAUGGCGGAGCAGAUGGAGAAACUUGAGAAGGCCCGAGAGAAGGAACGAGACAAGGUCCGAGUCUUCAGCAAGGAGCAAGAAAAGAUUGCUGCUAUGGAAAAGCAGGUUAGCUUGAAGAAGGACAUCGAGAAUAGUGCUGGCAAGGAGACUCCCAAGCCAACCAGGACCAGUCCCCGCAAAGCCAAGACUCAGCAGACGGAACAAGACGUUGACAUGAUGGAUGCGCCAUCCACUGUCCCUCCCGCACCGCGAUCAGCUGGACCUGGCCAAAGCACUCGCAAAGAGGUGAGAAGGCCAAUGAAGCCGGGUAAGGCCAAACAGGCUCCCACGGUCAUCAGAGUGAACACAGGAUCCCAGCAUUCCCAGUUCCAACCUACGAGCAGCACCAUGUCGGCUAGUUUUCAGGACUCAAUUGUGUCCACUGGCUCUCAAUCUCAGCAACCAGGAAGCAAAGCAAGCAAGGCAUCUGUGCAACCGAAACCAUCGAUGCAAAGUCUCAAGAGCUCCGUUUCAUCGACCGGUCGCCCAAAAGCACUGGACAUGGCGGCAAGGAAGAAAGAGCAGGAUGAGCGUGAGGCACAAAGGCGACGGGAUGCCAAGGCAGAGUUCGAACGGAAGAGGGCAGCAGCCCAAGAGGAGCAGCGAAAGCAGGAGCUGCAACGCCGACAGGAGGCCGAACGACAGAAACUGAAGGACCGCGAACACGCAGAUGCAAAGAAGAAUUCCCAACGGCAAGCAGCCAUCGAGAAGGCGAAGCAAACCCGGGCACCGCCUCCAGCAGUUCGAUCGCAGCCAAAUGGCCCUCCCGAUCAUAGCACGACACACGAUAAGUCUCAGCGAGAGGAUCGCCCACCAACUCGGCCACCGUCACGCAUGAACUCUGGCAUUUUUAGGUCACAGGAGGAUACUGGACGGCCGGUGAGCGCUGUUUUGUCGAAUGCCUCCAAGUCUGUGCUCAAGCGGGCACUUGGCCAGGACGGCAGUGAGCAGGGCCAGGCCCGACAUGCCCCCUCCUAUGGCGGAGCUCAAUAUCAAGCCAAGGAUGCAAAGCGACGCCGUACGAGUGAUGAGUUCGCGGAUGAAUUGGAGAUGGAUAACCCGCCGAACAUCAAGGGACCGCCUGUCCGUCCAUCAGGUGGCUUUAAGAAGGACUUGCAGGCGAAAUCCGUGUUCCAGAGUGGCUACACUAAUGUGCCACAGAGCGCUACGCGAGACUUGUUCAAAGCCACGGUGACUGCUCAACACACUAGCCAAAGCAAGGCAUCCCACCCCCUAGAUAUGGCACAAAUCUCGAAGGGCGCAAUUCCAUUUGCACCAAACCCCAACCCUGCGGGACAGUCAUACAAGACACCAGCUCGUCCUGGUGCGAUGAACGGUGCUAAGUCAGCAGUGAAGUCUGCUCUCAGAUCCUCGCCACGAUUCCAGAACGGCGAGUCCAUUGAACUGCCCGAAAUCAUGACGGAUGACGAUGAUGACGAAGACGACGACGACGAGUCACAUGGUAUUACUGCUGCUUGGGCCGAUUCACCCGAUCUUCGCCGAGCUCUCAUGCGACAGGAGUUGAUGGAUCCAUCGCAAAUCUUCGGCCCCCCCGCGCCAUUGAACAUGGACGAGGUUUUCAGCAAGAGCAAGGACCGAUCGCACAAGUUCCGCGCUCGAACGUCCAGUGCCAACUGGAGCGGUGCCGACCGGCUGACAGAGGAAGAUAUCCGCAAGGACCUGGCAGUGCGUGAUAAAAUGAGGCGAGAAGGAGGAUGGACAUAUGAGAUGAUGUAA